AUGUGUACUAAAAUAACCAUUGAGAUCUUAACAUUAAAAUCAAUAACAAUUCAAACUCCUUCAUUUUAUUUUGCUUUAUAUAUACCUAAAGAUAAGAUAAAGAUUAAAAUAAAGAUAAGACAAACACUCUUUUUUCACCAACCUAACCAGAAUAACUAUCUUAUCUACUAUAACAAACCAAAUAACAACCCAAAUCUCAAACUUAAUCUAAAUGGUAUUGCAAUUUUUUUAAUGGAUAAGCGAAAGUCUGAAGUUAUGCCUUUAAAGAAGAUAGCAUAUAAGUCCGCUCCCGAAGAGGAAAACCCCUGGUGGACAGAAGAAACUCUUCAGAAGAUUCUUCAACGUAAAAUAGAAGUAUUAUACGCCCAAAUGGAAGAGUAUAAAACAAGAGCUCAAUUAUUAGAAGAGGAGAACAAGCGAAUUAUCAAUCAAAAACUAUCAGAAACAACAAAAGAUAAGCCAGAAGAUCUUAUCAAGCAAAUUCAAGAAAAGAUCUUACAAUUUUCCGAGCAAAAAACCACUAUCAGUCUCUUACAACGUCGUCUUUAUAAAGUCCAACAGUCCAAAGAUAAGGAAUCAGCCCAAGAUAAGCAGAAAGAUACAGAUAAGAUAAGUAGUGGUAUUAGUUGUAGUAGUUGUAAUUCCAAUCAAAAUUCUAACCAAAAUCAAAAUCAAGAUAACUGUAAUCUAUCAGUUGAAGAUCUUACUAGAGAAAUCAAUCGAGUUGAACAACUAGAAGCUAGAAUUGAUCGAGUCUUAGCUAAACAUCCGCCUAAUUAUACUGCUUUAGUUAAGUCAUUAGAAAGUGAAUCGGCUGAAUUAACGGCUAAUAACAAAGAAUUAUCAGAUAAGAUUUCAAAAUUAAUCUUAAGAUCAACUGAAAUUAAAGAAGCGCAUCAACAAGAACUGGCUGAAUUACAAGUCCAGAUUCAACAACUAGAAAAACAAAAACAAACAGCCGAUCUUAUCUCUGGCCAAGAAAAAGAAAAGAUGCAGUUACUUACUGAUCGUAUUGCUGAUCUUUAUGCUACUAUGGAAAGAGUUAGUGGUGAACUGAUGGAUUACACGCGUACCCAGGAAAAAGAGAAUACUAGUCGAGUUGCUUGUACAACUGAGUGCCAGCAACGAGUUUCAGAACUAGAAAGCAAAGAAUUAGAUCGAGUAGAAGAAGUAGCUUAUCUCGUGCGUAAGUAUGUUGAUGCUUCUAAAGAGAACGAUGAGUUGAAAUUAAAACUACAAUCUAUAACGGCUAAUAAUGAUAGAAAACAUUCACUAACUCAAAUCAAUCAAUCUUUAUCUACUAAUCAAAAUCAGUCCUUAUCUACCAAUCAAAAUCAAAUCUUAUCUGCUACUUGUAGUGAUUGUACGCAAUUAAGAUCGGAGUUAGAACAAAGUAAGUUAGAGUAUUUAGAGCGCAGUUCAGCUUCGCAGUAUCAUAAGCGCAAAGCAGCCCAAUUAGAGGCUGAGCUGAAAGCGCUUAAGAAGACUGCUGUUGAUUUAGAGAGUGCUAAUACUCGUCUGCAAGAGAAGCUCGUUAAGAAACAGCCUAAGCCAUCUUCAUCAGCUGAUAGCAGUAAAGAGAUAGAGCUUUAUCAAAAAAUGGUUAGAUGUUCAGUCUGUACUACUAAUAUCAAAAAUGCAGUUCUUAAGCGAUGUAUGCACUUAAUCUGUAAAGAUUGUGUCAAUGACCGAUAUGCAGCCAGACAAAGAACUUGUCCUUUUUGUGGGUCGCCUUUUACACUUAGUGAUGUAGUUAGUAUUUACUUAUAG